AUGCUUUUUAAAGGGAAUAAAACACUGAAUGAUUUCCCUUAUCAUAUGUGUUGGUUUGGUUUAAAACCAGACUUAAAAAAUUUAAACAAUAGUAAUUUUAACUUUAAUUGUUUAGAGGAAAUAUAUUUAUUUCGUUUUUCAAAUAUUAACAGUUUUAAUUUAUUAAAUUUAAAUCAUUCAAGUAAUAAUUAUGUAAAUGUUUGGUUUGAUAAUCUGGACAAUCUCAUUAAAUGCUUUAAAAUUAAAUAUUCCUCAAAUAAAUCGAAAAUUUAUUUAUAUCAACAAUACUUUGAUAAAAAAUACCCAAUUAAUGAUGUUUUCACAUACAAAAAUCCUCAACAAUUUUAUUAA